AUUUCACAAGGCACUCGGCAACUUGUCAUUAACUUGCAGAAUAAAUAAUGGGAUUAAACUUGAUUUCCAUAUUGACUAUUCAUUGUGUGUAAACGAUGACUCCUAAACGAUUAAGGAAGGAGAUCUAAAAUAACUUAGUUGUCAACUUCUGCCUAAAUAAUAAUAAUAUUAUAUAUAUAUGUGUGUGUGUACGUGUCUCUAUACAAAUUAGGAAGGCUAAAUCCUAGUUGAACUAUGUAUAAACAUGUCCCUGCACUCACACUAUCAUCAGAUACUCAUCCCAUUGAGAGAUACAGUCGUGAGAAGUGCAAAAGAUCAGUGUUUGAGAUCAGUUGCCUCUUCAGGUUUGUUGAUCUUCCUUAAAGAUAUAUUGAAGAUUUUAACACGUACCAGAGUACUAAGCUUUGCUAGUUCCUUUACAAGAAUCCAAAGCACUGUUUCAGUGGUUUCAAAGACCCACGAGGUGCAAAGCAUCGAGCUUUGGUACUUCUUCAUCACUGAGCCACGUGCCUCUUUCAACAGGUGUCAUUUUUUUUUUUGGUACAAUGGUAUAUGUAGGUGUCAUUGCUUGAGUUCAGUUCUAAACAUCUAGAUUGGUUCAGAACUAAUCUGACUGGAAAAAGCUUUGGACUUUAGACUCAACUUUCAUGGAGAUCUCUCUGGAAAUUGUCAAUGUUGUGUUUUUCAUAGUGUUAUUGACUUGGGUUUUCCUAGAUACACUGAGAAGAAGAAGAAGAGAUGGUACUGAAAAUGAGACAUAUUCGACAGGCAGAGCAAGCAGAGGAUGUAAAGGGUUUGCUUUGAUAACCCUUAUUGCAAAUGCCUUAAUCUCAGUCUUCUAUGUUGUUUUUGGAAUUUAUGACUAUUGCGGUGGUGGAAACGUAAGUUUGAAAUCAAUCUUUUCUGGGAUGACUUGGGUUUUGGCAACAAUAGUGACAAUCUACUCCAAGAACAGAGGUUUUAUUGAGCUCAAAAGGUGGCCUUGGGUCCUUAUUUUUUGGUGGAUCUUUUCCUUCAUUUUUUGCUCACUUUCUGUGUGCCUUCACUUGAUCAGCCACUACUUCAAAUCCACAAAGUUUCCAGAUUUUGUUCUAAAGGCAAACAUAGUUGAAUUCGCUUCCAUUCCCCUGUCGACAUUGCUUUGUUGCAAUGUUUUGAGUUAUGUCCAGAAAGACAGUGAUCUCAAUGAACCAUUACUCGAGGAGGAGUAUGAAAUUCAAACUGAUAGUUACACUACUGCUGGAAUAUGGAGCAAAAUAACAUUCCAGUGGAUGAAUCCAAUUUUUAAAAUGGGACUUCACAUCCAAAAACUUGAAGUGUCUCAUAUACCAUCUAUUCCUCCUUCAGCAAGAGCCGAGAGUGCUUCUUCUUUGCUCCAAGAAUCACUCGAACACCACUCUUCAUUAUUAAAAGCCAUACUGAGGGCUGUAUGGAAAUCACUAGCCAUAAAUGCAGUUUUUGCAGGUGUCAAUGUUGUUGCAUCCUAUACUGGUCCCUUCAUAAUAAGAAACUUUAUGAAGUACAUAGUUGGAAAGAAUGACAGCUCAAACAUGUAUGGAGAGAAGCUUGCCUUCGUAUUCUUUUUUGCAAUGACUUUGGACUCAAUUACUCAAAGGCAAAUGUCUUUUGGUGCUCGGCAAAUUGGUCUACAAGUCAGAGCAGCUUUGACCGCCUUAAUCUACAAGAAGUGCAUCUCGAUUAAGUACUCUGGUCCAAGCAAUGGUGAAAUCAUAAACUUAAUCAACAUGGAUGUAGAAGUGGUUGGAGAAUUCUUCUCUUCUAUUCAUGGAGCUUGGGUGCUUCCCCUUCAAGUGUUGCUGGCAUUGGUUAUCUUGUACAGAAAUCUCGGAGCUGCCCCUUCUCUGGCUGCCUUUCUGGCCACAGUAGCAGUAGUGGUAUGCAACACACCAUUGGCUCGAAGGCAACAAAUUCUCCAAUCAAAAAUCAUGGAAGCAAAGGAUUCAAGAAUCAAGAGAACCUCAGAGACUCUAAAGAGCAUGAGAGUCAUAAAAUUCAAUUCAUGGGAUCCUAGUUUCUUAGAGAAGCUACUUCAACUUAGAGAAACUGAGAAAAGUUGGUUAAGGAGAUUUUUGUACACUAAGGCGGUAGUGGUAUUUCUCUUCUGGACUUCACCAACCAUAGUUUCAGUGGUUAGUUUUGGUGUUUGCAUCAUGAUGAAAACACCAUUAGAACCAUAUACAGUCCUGUCAGCUUUAGCCACUUUCAAAAUCCUUACCGAGCCAAUUUACAACCUUCCAGAGUUUAUCUCAACGAUUAUCCAAACAAAGGUUUCGGUUAAGCGAAUUCAAGAAUUUAUCAGAUUAGAUAAACAAGUGGAGCUGAUUCCUUGUGAUUAUUCUUGCACUACAUCAUCUACUUCAGCAAUCAGGGUUGAAAUGGAGUCUGGAGAGUUUUCUUGGAAGGCAAGCAAUGAACAUGUAGAGAGACCUACAAUCACAGUUAGAGAAAAAAUAACUAUGAGAAAGGGAUGCAAGGUGGGAGUUUGCGGUUCUGUUGGCUCGGGCAAGUCUAGCCUACUAUGCAGUAUACUUGGUGAGAUUCCAAAAAUUUCUGGGCAAGCAACCAAAUGUUAUGGAACAAAAUCUUACGUCCCACAAAGUCCUUGGAUCCAAACUGGAACCAUAAGGGACAACAUUUUGUUUGGUAAGGAGGUGAACGAGGGUUUCUAUAAGAACAUUGUGGAAUGUUGUGCCAUGGACCAGGAUUUCAAGAUGUGGCCUAACGGAGAUUUGACAGUCGUGGGGGAAAGGGGAUUAAAUCUAAGUGGAGGCCAAAAACAAAGGAUUCAACUCGCAAGAGCUGUCUACAAUGAUGCUGAUAUAUAUGUCUUGGACGACCCUUUCAGCGCUGUAGAUGCACAUACUGGAACACAUUUGUUCACGAAAUGCAUCUUGCAAGAAUUGUCUGAAAAAACCGUAAUCUAUGCUACUCACCAACUAGAGUUUUUGGAAGCAGCAGACUAUGUUUUGGUAGUUAAAGAUGGUCAAAUUGCUCAAGCCGGCACUUACGAAAAGUUGAUUAAAGAUCCUAAUGGCGAACUUGUCAGACAAAUGACUGCACAUAGAAAAUCUCUACACCAAGUUCACAGCAGUCGACCUGAUUCUUUAAGCAACACCACAACUACUGGCCUCGUGGAUAAUGGAAUUACUAAAAGAGUAUUGGAUAUUGAAGAAACAGAAAAAGCUUCAACCAAUGACCAGAUUACUGUCAAAGAUAUCCGAGGGGAAGAAGAAGAAACACACAAUGGUCGGGUAAAAUGGAGUGUAUAUUCUACAUUUGUGACUUGUGCUUUUGGAGGUCUACUGCUUCCAGUGAUCCUUCUCUGUCACGUCCUCUUCCAAGUGCUCCAGAUGGCAAGCAACUACUGGAUUGCUUGGGCAGCAGGGAAGGAAAACACUGUCACCAGAGGAAACAUGUUGUGGAUUUUCGCUCUUUUAUCUGGUGGAAGCUCUGUCUUCAUCUUGGGAAGGGCGGUCUUCCUUUCAGUUAUUACUAUUGAAACUUCCCAGAAUCUCUUUGUUGGGAUGAUUACUUCAGUUUUCCGAGCGCCUAUGGCAUUUUUCGACUCUACACCUUCUAGUCGAAUCCUCACUAGGUCUUCCACAGAUCAAGGCACAGUCGACACAGAUAUUACAUUCAGGUUAGCAGGGCUGGUAUUUGCACUCAUUCAAUUACUAUGCACUAUCAUCCUUAUGUGUCUCGUGGCCUGGCAAGUCGUCAUACUUUUCCUGGUUGUCAUUGCAAUUUCCUUUUGGUACAUGAAGUACUAUAUUACCACUGCUAGAGAACUGGCCAGAAUGGUUGCAACUCAAAAGGCUCCAAUACUGCAUCAUUUUUCAGAAUCAAUUGUGGGAGCUACAACGAUUCGUUGUUUCAGUCAACAAAAUCGCUUCUUGACAAAAGCAAUGAAUGAAAUUGAUGACUUCUCUCGAGUAGCCUUUCAUAACAAUGCAACAAUGGAAUGGCUAUCCGUGAGAAUAAAUUUUCUCUUCAAUGUUGCCUUCCUUGUAGUGCUUAUUAUCUUGGUAAACCUGCCUAAGUCUGUCAUUGACCCUUGUUUAGCAGGAGUGGCUGCAUCAUAUGGUCUAAACCUUAGUGUCCUGCAGGGUUGGGUGAUUUGGAAUCUGUGCAAUGUUGAAAACAAAAUGAUAUCUGUUGAGAGAAUUCUUCAUUUCACUGGAUUACAAAGUGAGGCACCACUUGUGAUCGAAGCUUCUAGGCCAAACUCUGAAUGGCCAUAUGAAGGACAAAUUGAAUUUCAAAACGUGCAAGUUCAAUAUCAGCCUGAGGGUCCAAUGGUACUGAAAGGGAUCACUUGCACAUUCUCUAAAAGGAUGAAAAUUGGAGUGGUGGGAAGAACAGGAAGUGGAAAGUCCACUAUGAUCCAUGCCUUGUUUAGAGUUGUUGAGCUCUCAGGAGGGAAAAUUCUCAUUGAUGAACAAGACAUUUCUAAAAUAGGCCUGCAGGAUUUAAGGUCAAGUUUAGGCAUUAUCCCACAGGACCCAACUUUAUUUCAAGGAAGCUUGAGGAAUAAUCUGGAUCCUCUGCAGCAACAUUCUGAUCCAGAAAUACUGGAGGUUGUGAAGAAAUGUCGACUUGGGAACUUAGUGAGGCAAGACCAAAUGCUCCUGGAUGCACCUGUUUCUGAGGAUGGAGAAAACUGGAGCGUCGGACAGAGGCAGCUUGUCUGUCUAGCCAGAGUGCUUCUAAACAAGAGGAAAAUUCUAGUGCUAGAUGAGGCUACUGCAUCUGUAGAUACAGCAACAGAUAAUGCAAUUCAAGAGACAAUAAGGAAAGAGACAAGCGAAUGCACAGUUAUCACCGUGGCUCACCGGAUUCCUACUGUUAUGGACAGUGACAUGGUUCUAGUUCUCGAUGGAGGUAGGAUUGUGGAGUAUGAAUCUCCUGCUCGGCUGAUUAAGGAAAACUCGUCUGCAUUUUCGAAGUUAGUUGCGGAAUUCUUGAGGAGAUCUUCCAUAAGAAAGAACAACUGCUCAUCUUGAGGAUUUAAAGAGCUUGACAUUGUUGCGUGGGCUGUUUCAAUUAGGAUUAAUGGUUGAUUGAUUGAUUGACUUGUAACUGCAGAUUGAUUGAUUUGUAAUUAGGGAUGUUGACCAUUUACAGAAUUUGACCCUAAAAAUUGCCUACUUUACUAGUUUACUCCACUAAGAAGUUUUUAAUCCCAUUUACUCAA